CCUGGAUGGAUUUUUUUGGCUUUGUGUGUUAUCAGAAGACACAUGACUGGAACUGAAAACACAGAGGAAGUUGGUUUUUCCUGCUUAAAUGUCCUGCAUUGGAAACUUCUUUGCUGAGAACUAGAAGCAAUGAAUGGCCAUAUUCCUGAACAAGAAGUGCAAGACGUUGAAUUACAUGAUCUAGAGGAAGAAAAGGAGGAAGAAAGUAGACUUGAUGCAGAAUGCCCUCUUAAUCCUGAAGUCACAAGAACUUCUGAGACAGCCAACCCACGUGCUUGUUCAGAGAUCGUUUUUUGGAAAUGCAAACUGUGGAUGAUUAUAACUUCCGUUCUCCUGUGUUUGAUCCUUGUGAUUAUUAUAAGUUUAACUUUUUAUUCAGAGAUUUAUAUAGAUGAAGAUGGAUACUGGGAUCUUGAAUCAAUAGCAAAUGGCAAUCGUCAUAAUUUCUCUGGAAUUUUAAAUAUUCACUGUGCUAAUCCUGAUUGGUUGCUGUCAGAAUCAGCAUAUCAUCUGCUUUCUGAAAAUCUUAGUAAAAGGCUUACAGAUGUAUAUAGUGAUUCACCGGCUCUUGGGCGCUAUUUUAUUUCCGCUAAAGUUAUUUCCCUCAGUGGUGAAAACAAAACUGCAUUCUUUGAGCUGGAGUUCUCAGUCCCACCUGAAUCUGCAACUGAAGAGUUUAUGAAGAACAGAAUGAGUGAGAUGUUUGUGAAGAACAUUUUAAGGCAAAAUAUUUAUGACCGGAAAGAAAUAUAUGGUGUAGAUGUAACUGGAUGUACAUAUUUGACACUUGAUCCAACUUCUCUUUCAGUUUCAUUAAUACAGGCUAUAAAUACAGACGGGUGAAUUGGACUACAUGGACUAUAACAUUCAUGAACAGCCUACAAAGAAUCUUCAGCUUUGGAGAGUGAAACGUUUCAUUCAGAGAAACAGUUCUACCUGACUGACUGCCAGUAUGUACUCAUUCCUCUUUCCAUAAACCAUCAGCUUUAGGAAAAUACCACUACUUGGUAGCCAGAUGAGAGGAGACUCAAAAUUACAGUGGUAUGAAUAAGACCAUAAGAAGAACCCUGCCAGAUCAGACCAAUGGCCCAUUUAGUCCAACCUCCUAUUUCUUUCAGUGGCCAACCAGCUGGCCAAGUAAGUCUACAAGUGGAGCAUGAAAGCAAUUGCCCUCACCCUCCAGCUGGUAUUUGGUGGCAUGAUGCCUCUAAUUAUGGAUGCUUUCCAUUACUAUACUUAAUUCUCAUCUAAAUUACUAGCUAUAAUCCACUUCUUGUAUCAGUGAAUACCAUAACUGAAUGAUGUGAAGAGGUACUUUCUGUUGCCCAUCCUGAACAAAACAAGAAGUAAAUCUAAUUCCACCAAGGGCAUCACAUUAAGUGCAGAGAAACAUUGUAUAGCCAUCACGCCACAACUCAUGCGGGUUAUCUGCAUCACUCUGCAAAAUAUCAAAAUACCUUUGCAACACCUUUAUGAGAGGAGGAUUCUAGAAAAUGGACAAGCAACAUUCAGCCUCAAGGCAUUGCCUAUUACUGUGAACCUAAAGAUGAUGAAGCCAAUUCUGGAAAAAGUCCAUACGUUGGAACAUUUUGGAGUUUUGGUUAAUGGGCUACUUCCAAGUUGCUCAUUGUGCCA